AAAUUUCCAUAGAAACGGCGCGGUUUAUUUUCCCCCCUCCCCUAAAUCUCCAAUUUUACCCGAAAUCCUUUAUUUUUUCCCCAUUUGGUUUUCCCCAAUUUUGCCCGAAAUCCCUAAAAUUUUUUCUAUUCCUCUGCAUCAUCGUGCUGCAUCUCCGUCGAUAGUCUCUUUCAUUUCUUCAACUUAUUGUUUGUCCUAUUUCUCCUUUUGCUUCCAACCAAAAUGAAACUUAGUGACAGCAUUUCUAACUUCUUCUUCUUCUAGUUUUUCUUUUGAAGUCAUAAGAAAACCUAGCAAUAUCUUUCUGUACAUAUAGAAUUAUAUGGUUCAUUCCAUAGUUUAGCUCCUGUCUUUAGAACUUAGUUCUAAUAUAUCCUUCACACCAUUUUCUGUGAAUUUUGAUUGUCUCAGGUUAUUUUUUCUUAUUCAUGCUGAGAAGUUGGUCUCCGUUUAUUGCGGUGUUGGUUUGAUAGGAAAAAGCUCCUGAGCAGUUUAAGAUUGUUAUACUAAGAAUUCCUGUAUAUUUUACGGCCAAGAAGAAACAAGUAAUGUAGUUGAUUACAGUUAUCUCACUAUCUGUUCUUUUCAAUUUUGGAAAUUAGGAGAAGGUUGUGAAUCCAUUGUUUGAGAAGCGUCUAAAGCAAUUAGGUAUUGGAGGAGCUUUACCUCCAAAGAAGGAUCUGCACCAUUUUAUGAAGUGGCCUAAGGCUGUUUGCAUUCAAAGGAAAAAGAGGAUCCUUAAGCAGAGGUUGAAAGUCCCACCAGCACUGAACCAGUUUACAAAGACUCUUGAUAAAAACCUUGAGAACACCACAACUGGAACUGUAAACAUUGGGAGUGAAGACUGUGCAGAACUUGUUGAUAAUACUUCUCUUCAAUUCCAGCCUUUCAUUUCAUUAACGCGGGACUAUCUUGCUCAUCUUCUUUUCUGGUGCAUGCUGUUGGGGCACUACCUUAGAGGCCUUGAGUAUCGGUUGGAGCUAAUGGAGCUUCUGUUGUUGACAACCAGUCCCGGCAAUAAUAGUUGUGGUGAUGAGCAGGUUGUUUAGAAUUGCUCUCUGAUUCCAGUGCUACCAUCUAUAUAUAUGUGUGUAAAUCGACAUAUCGACUAACUUCUUUUACUGGAAGAGGUAAGAAUCGGACAAGAUUAGGCCCUUCACUCUCUUGCAGAUGGCGAAUUAUUUUUAUGUAUAAAAACGAUACAUUGUUUUGUGUUAGUGUCGAGUUUAGUGUUGGUAUGUUAAUGUUUUUUACCGAGAAAUGGAGAAACCUUGUUGAUAAUGCUCAUUAUUAGUUGCAUUAAGGUUUGCUUUGAACCAUCUUGAAUGUCAUUGUUGCAAGCCUAAACUAAUAAAAAGGUAGUUUAACUGUCGCUUUAUAUUAGCCCUUAAUUAUUUCUUUAA